GCGACUACGUAACUGCCAACUUCACCAAACUGCCAACUUCACCAAACUGCAUCAAAUCCAUCAAGGAUUAUUCUUCCCGUAGAAAAAAAGUUGUAGCAAAAGUUGCACAGUUUCAGUUCAAUUAUGUCCCAAUUCCCAAUUGCUGCCGUGGUAAAAAUUCUAAUUCACGACCCAACACUUUCUCGUGGGAGUAACGAGUUUGCAAAGUUACUUGGCAUUGAUGCAGUCGCGAGGGAUAAGAUACGCAGUAAUCAUACUUUAGGAACAAAUACUUCUACCAAUUAUUACACCGAAUUGCUAGAAAACUGGGCAGGGCGUUUAGGGAAAGACGCAACCGUGGGCAAACUUCGAGGAAUUCUGGAGCAAGGAGAAUUCCAGAGUGCUGCUGAUUUAUUGGAACAUCUCGACGUACCAGAUCCAUCUAAAAACUCAGUCGACCAACCCACCCAGGCCGACAUGUCUGACGCCACCACGUCGACCCCAACACCCGCCUCGACCGACAUGUCCGUCUUCCUUUUGUCGAAUCAAGCCGUGCGGAGAGAUGUUACGAAAACCUUGCAAAAUCAGGUACCUCUGCUUACGGCAUGGGAAAGGUUUUGUGACGACUUAGAUAUCCCGAAAGGGGAGUUGAUAACAUGCAAGCAGCAGUAUUCGAAUGGCUGCAUGACGAAUUAUGCCCUGCUUAAUCAUAUCUUAAGCCUUUGGGGAUCCAGAGAAGGGAGCGAAGGCAACGUUGCCAACCUGAUAAAAGUGUUAAGAUCGGGUGAAUUUCUUGAUUCUGAGAACAAAAUCAAAUGCAAAUUCGCGUCCUGGCCGAUAAGUCAACAGUAAAGGCUUGGAUGAAAGAAGCGUAAACAUCCUGUUGUUCUAGGCCUGAGAUAAACGUCCUCAAAUGUUUAAUUAAAUAUGUGGCUCAAAUAAAGUGAUAUUUUGACAAUGAUUCAUUCACA